CGGUAAGAAAUGAUAUCCACACUAGCAGCUGAAACUACAAGCAAAACCAGUGUUUCACUUUUUGGUUGGUUGGAUUUUGUUCUUCUUCUCCAUCUCCAUGCCAACACUCAGCUGCAUUUAGCAAAAUCCUUAGCUCACUAUCCAAAUUGGGCAGUUCAUUGAUGCUACCCAUGCUAACAUGUGCCACAUUACAGUCAUUUCUACCACCUUCAAUCAAUCCUCACCAUUACAACAACAACCCACCUCAAAUUCUUCACAGCAGCAGCAAAAUUGUUACUCCAAAUGUUAAGAAAUUCAAACCCAUUCAAGCAAAUACAAAACAAAGUUUGUUUCUUUAUAAUCUUUACUUACAAAUGUAUGCAAACUCUGGUUUUAUGGAUGAGGCACAGAAACUGUUUGAUGAAAUGCCUGACAGAACUUUGGUUUCAUGGACGAUUCUUAUGUCAGGUUAUGCUCGCCAUGGACCUAAGACUGAAACGUUAGUAGUUUUUCAGAAAAUGGUUCUGAAUAAUGGGUUUAAGGCUAUUCAGCCGGAUUCUUUUGUUUAUGGAAUUGUUUUGCGGGCUUGUUCGAGUUUAGAGUAUCUUGAUUACGGUCGUGAAAUUCAUUGCAGGGUAUUGAAAACUGAUGGUCUUAUGGAUUCGUUUGUUGAGAAUGCGCUUGUUAUGAUGUAUUCGAGUUGUGGUUCUAUAAAGGAUUCAGCGCGUGUUUUUGAUGGGAUUUUACAGCCGAAUGUGGUGUCGUGGAGCUCAAUGUUUAACGGGUAUGUGCAAAAUGGGCUGGAGGAAGAAGGGUUGAGAUUCUUCUGUAUGAUGAUUAAAGCUGGAAUUGAGCCAGACGUGUUUGCCUUUUCAAUGGUUUUUGGUGCUUGUGCAACUUUGGGUUGCUUCGAUUUUGGAAUUCAGGUUCAUUGUUGUCUAAUUAAGAUGGGAUUUUGUUCUUCUUUAUAUUUGCAGAACAGUUUGAUGGAUUUUUACGCGAAAUGUGGGGAUUCAAGCUCAUUAGAGAAGGUCUUUCAUGAAAUGCCUGAGAGGAACUUGGUUUCUUGGAAUACUAUUAUUAAGGGAUUGGUCAGUAAUCACCAAAAUUGGGAUGCUUUGAGACUCUUUCGUAUUAUGAUGAAUGAGGCUCUCUAUUGUGACGAUUACACAUUACCGAGUGUUAUUCAAGCCAUAACUGGUGUAGGAGCUUUGAGUCAGGGAAGAGAAGUUCAUGCAUAUGUAAUUAGAGCUGGGCUCGAGUCGAAUGUAUUUGUCGUCAAUUGUCUCCUGGAUAUGUACACUGCGUGCAUCGAUCAUGAGAGCCCGAAUCCUUUGAGAGAAGUUCCCAUGAAAAUUUUCUGUCAGCUGAACGGUAAACAAUGUGAUGAAUUUAUCUUCGCAAACAUUUUGAAAUUUUGUUCUCUGCAAUUUGAUCUGGAAACAGGAAAAUCUAUUCAUUCGCAGAUCAUAAAGCAAGAUAUGCAAUCUGACCCGUUGGUGGCUAGCUCACUGAUUGACAUGUAUUCCAAGUGUAGCAUACCGAAUGCCGCUCUAACAAUAUUUACGAGGAUUCAAUUAUGUCACGGGGAGAUUAGUUCCAAAGCUGCUGGUCAUAUUCUAAACUCAUGUGCAAAUCUCGUGCUUUUAAAUGUCGGAAGACAAAUACAAGGUUACGCCACCAAAAGAGGGCUUCUGUCCGAUCCUUGCGCCUGCAAUUCUCUUAUUAGAAUGUACUCUAAAGGUGGACAAAUUGCUGAUGCAGCUCAAGCUUUUAAUUCUAUGAUUGAGAAGAAUUCUGAUUCUUGGACUUCAUUGAUCUCCGCAAAUGUGAAUUAUGGUCAUUCAUCCGAAGCUAUCCAACUGUUUACUCUUAUGUGUAAGAUACAUAAGUCACCGAACUCGGUCACUUUCAGAUCUGCAUUGAAAGCAUAUGCUCAGAUGGGUCUGGUUAGUGAAGCCUUUAAUUUACUUAUAUCUAUGGAGAAGAAUUAUGAUAUAGAGCCAAUGAUAGAGCACUAUUCUUGCAUUGUUGAAGUGUUGGGUCGUGCGGGAAUGUUUGAAGAGGCCAAAGAAUUCAUUAACCGUGUCUUCAAACUUGAACCAGUACCAAAUGCUUGGAAAAUUCUUCUUUCAGGUUGUCGCAUACGCGGUGACAUGAGCAUUGCAAAGUAUAUAGCUGAGAAACUUGUAGAACUUGAACCAACUGAUGUAACUGCUAAGCUACUGCUACAGCAAGUUCUUCUGACUCAGGGAAAUUGGGAUAACGCAACAAAGAUGAAAACCAACUGCAAUUCACCGAGAUCAAGUUCUAGCUGGAUUGAAGUAAGAAACAAGGUAUACGAAUUCGUGUCAGACCAAGUUCCAGAAGAGGCAAUCUCCACAAAAUUGUCAGAGAUAGAAAGAACAAUGAAGGAAUUGGGUUAUGUAGCUGAUAGAAACCAUUUAUUACACAAUGCAGAAGAAGAAGAAUAUGCAGGACCAGGUCUUCAUCACACAGAAAUGAAGGCAUUAGCUUUCGGACUCCUCUCUUUGGCUCCAGGUGUGCCAAUACGCAUAAUGAAAAACGUUCGUAUGUGUGGAGAUUGUCAUUCUGCCUGCAAGUUCAUGUCAACAUUCUUAGGCAGAGACUUGGUUGUGAAAGACUCUUGUAAGUAUCAUAACUUCAGUAAUGGGAAAUGUAGCUGUAAAAAUGCAUGGUAGAUUGGCAGUAGAUGGCAUUAGAGUACUGUAUAGCUUUUGUACAAAGAAAUUUUACUUUCAAGGCCUUUCCGGAAUGGGUUUGCUAUUCAAAGCCCAUAAAAUGACACAUUGUACAAGUUCUUUCUGAUUUUGACGAUCCAUGAAUCAUAACUGCUGGAUGGUUCAGAUGUAUUUUCACCAAGUAAUUUAUUGAUCAUUUCAA